AUGUCUCGCGCCUCGAAGCUCACAUUAGCGGGUACCUCCCUUUUUGCCGUAGGUACCGUUAUCAUGGUGCACUUUCAGCAGAAGAUGGAAAAACAGGCCAUGCAUCAAGGUGUCGUGAGAGAUAUGGAGCAGCAGCGUAUAAAGAAGGAACGUCAACUCGAUUUUGAAAUGCAGAAAGUUUUGGAGGAGGAAUACAAGAAGGGACAAACUGUCCGAGACACUACGGUGGAACUUGAAGCCAAGAAAUUGCCAGACCGGUAG